CCGUUAUAGCAAUCUAUACUCUUUUGAUUAAUUUGUUUUAAGUUAAAAUACCAACCGUAUUCAUUUAGUUGCUUAGUAUACUUUAGUUAGCUGACAAACGAGGCAAUGCGCUUUCAGGCGUCAUUUUGGUUUUUAAUCCUUCCUUUGUGCCUUUCGCUACUACCUCAAACUAUUGAGGCCAAUGACUUUUCUUCAUUUCUCACCGCGAAUGCGUCUUUGGCCGUCGUAGUGGAUCAGGAAUACAUGCAACAAAGGGAAGAAAAUAUUUUAGCUAAUUUUCAAAAAAUACUCAGUGAUAUUAUUCGUGAGAAUUUAAGGAAUGGCGGCAUUGAGGUGAAAUAUUAUUCUUGGAGUCAAGUAAGGUUGAAAAAAGAUUUUAUCGCUGCGAUGACGGUAAUGGAUUGCAAAAGUACUUGGAGGUUCUACGAGUACACACAGCAGACUGCCAUACUACUGAUUGCUAUAACAGAUGCCAAUUGUCCACGGCUACCACUCAACCGCGCGAUUAUGAUUCCUAUAGUCGAUGAAGGCCAGGAGUUGUCGCAGAUUAUUUUUGACAUAAAAGUACAACGAAUAUUACGUUGGAAAACUGCCGCUAUGCUGCUCGACCAAACCAUUUUAAAUGAUAAUCCAACACUCGUGGAGUCGGUGGUUCAUGAAAGCGCUAAAAAUCACAUAACACCCUUCUCACUAGUACUCUAUAAGAUUGACGACACGCUGCGUAGCCAAAAGAAGCGCACCGCCAUACGCCAAACAUUGGCCAACUUUCUGGACAACGCACGUACGGCACGCCAAUUUAUUGUACUUUCGAAAUUCUAUGAAGACUUUGUGGAAAUUGCUGCUAGUAUGGAUUUGUUUGGUGUCUUUAACCAAUGGGUCUUCUUUGUUUUGAACGAGGAACAGCGUAACUACGACGCCAUGUCUAUUACGCAAAAUCUGGGCGAGGGUGCGAAUAUAGCAUUCAUAUUGAACUCAACUGUACCGUCGUGUGUUAGCUCUAUAAAUUGUACGAUCUCCGAAUUAUCAAUGGCAUUUGUUACAUCGAUUUCUCGUAUGAUUGUCGAAGAGCAAUCGAUCUAUGGUGAAAUUUCGGAUGAAGAAUGGGAAGCAAUAAGAUUUACCAAACAGGAGAAGCAGGAAGAAAUACUGGGUUAUAUGAAGGAUUAUCUAAGAGCGAAUAGCAAAUGCAGCAGCUGUUCGCAUUGGAAAAUCGAAACGGCAUUAACUUGGGGAAAAAGUGAGGAGCAUCAAAGAUAUCUAUCGAAUAUGGAUCUUAGCGAUACGCGCAAUAAAAAUUUUGAGUUCAUAGAUGUUGGCUACUGGACGCCUAUUUUGGGUUUCAUCACGCAUGAAAUUAUGUUUCCACACAUAGAGCAUUUCUUUCGCAAUAUCACAUUGAAUGUUCUCACGGUGCAUAGUCCACCAUGGCAGAUUCUAGAACGUGAUAAUCGUGGCGAUAUCGUAAAGCACAGCGGCAUUGUUAUAGAAAUCCUUAAAGAAAUGAGCCGUAUGCUUAAUUUUUCCUACAAUCUGCAAGAAAUUAAAGUAACAGCCAUAGAUUUAGUUGCCGAUGAUGUCCAGCAGGUUGGAAAUAUAACGGAUGAUCUACUAGGUUCUUUGACCUUCAAUAUACCGCAUCAAGUGAUUGAAACGAUGCAGUCAAGUCGUUACUUUAUGGCCGCUUUAGCUGCCACUAUUGAUGAGCCAGAAAAGAAGUCAUUUAACUACACAGUGCCCAUAAGCGUUCAACCAUAUACGUUCAUUUCUCGACAGCCAGAUGAAGUGAGUCGCAUAUAUCUCUUCACUGCACCUUUUACGCUCGAGAUUUGGGGCUGUCUAGUGGCAAUCAUCAUUAUUACCGCGCCUGUUCUAUAUUUCAUAAAUCGCUUGGUGCCCAUGGAUCAUUUGCGCAUUACUGGACUUAGCACACUUAAAAGUUGUUUUUGGUAUAUCUAUGGAGCGCUGCUACAGCAAGGCGGCAUGUACCUACCCAAAGCGGAUAGUGGUCGCCUAGUGAUCGGUGUAUGGUGGAUUGUUGUAAUUGUUCUAGUCACAACAUACAGCGGAAACUUGGUUGCCUUUCUGACUUUUCCACAGUUUCAGCCAGGUAUAGAUUAUUUUUUCCAAAUAUUUGCAUCUAGAGACAUUCAACAGUUUGGUUUGCGGAACGGUUCCUACUUCGAAAAAUAUUCAACGAUAUCAACCCGCGACAAUUUCCGCGAUUUUGUGCAACGUGCGAUAAUAUACAAUAAUCUUCAAGGCGAGGAUAUUGGCGCUGUGCAGCAAGGUAAACGCGUAAACGUGGAUUGGCGUAUCAACCUUCAAUUGAUUAUACAGAGACAGUUCGAGAAAGAUAAGGAAUGCAAGUUUUCAUUGGGACGGGAAACUUUUGUAGAUGAACAGAUUGGAUUACUGGUGCCAAGAGAUAGUCCUUACUUACAGUUAAUCAACGAUCAAAUAACGCGCAUGUUUCAAAUGGGUUUUAUUGAACGUUGGCAUCAGAUUAAUUUACCUUCUAUGGACAAAUGUAAUGGUCAUGGCGGAAUGCGCCAAAUUACGAAUCAUAAAGUUAAUUUGGAUGAUAUGCAAGGCUGCUUCAUGGUUUUGUUGUUUGGUUUCAUGAUAGCUUUGUUUAUAUUAUUCUGCGAGUACUGGUAUCGCUGGUACUUUGUAGAAAAAAAGAAAGCCGACUUUGCUUACUAAAAUGUAAAACAUUACAA